GUGUGUGUGUGUGUGUGUGUGUGUGUUGGAGGGGGUUCAGUGGGUCCUGUGCUCAUCGGUUUGUCAUGCCAAGGAGCUGCUGAAUGUUUGGCCUCUGCUUCUGAGGCCUCAGUGCCAAUGUCUGGACGGAGUAAACAGCUGUUCUCUCAGAACACACACACAGGGGAUCAGAUUUUUAUUAUCAGGGACACAGGAGGGCACGGACAUAAACUCUUAGCCUUGUCCCCUCCUCCCUCCUCCCAUUCAGCCACUCGCCUCACCCCCUAACCCUCUGGCUCUCCCCCCUUGCCUCUGCAAAAAUAACCCGGUGAGGUAAGUGCCCAGAGCAUCCAGGGAUCACUGGUAUACCAACGGUUUCCUCAUAGAUAAUAAGCAUCACAGAGGGAUAGAGAAGCAUCCACAGCUCCGAGAGCAGAAACCACACAGCGGGAAACACACAUCACCUUCCCUGCUCAACCUGGAAGAGCACAGAUAAACCAGACAGAGGAAGAUGAUGCAAUCAGGAAAUGAUGACCUGGCCAAGAAGAGGAUACAACAGGCCAGAGCUCUGUGUACAGAGGCCCGGGGAGGAGGUCUUAACUUGGGGAAGAAGAUCAGUGUGCCCAAGGAUGUGAUGAUGGAGGAGUUGAACCUUCUGUCCAACCGCGGUUCCCGCAUGUUCCAGGACAGACAGAAGAGGGUGGAGCGCUUCACCCUGGAGAAUCAAGUCAGCGACUCAUACAGCAAUGGCCUUACAGAGCCCAUGUCUCACCAGGCCAUUGAGGACUCCCAGUGGGGGAAGGAGAACCAGGCACACAUGGUGUCUGGCAAACACAGCCUCAUUACCAGUUUACAGAAGACUAUCGCCAAGAAGGGCAGCCCUGACGUCAUUGCCCCAGGCUAUGGAGGCCCCCUGAAGGAGAUCCCCCGUGAAAAGUUUAACCUGACAACCAGGUCCUACUGUUCUCCCUGGAGGGAAGCCUUAGGAGACAGUGAAGAACCCACUUCCCUCCAUUUCCAGCUCCCCCAACAGGCCACACUACAGCCCGCCAACUACAGAUGUUUCAACAGAGCGGCCAGGCCUUUCGGAGGCCCGGGCCAACAAAGCAGAAGGGUGAUCUCAGUGAUAGGAUUUGAGCAGUUGGACUCUCAGCACCUCCCUGGAACAACCCUGGAUCGCAUGUGCAAAAGGCCCAACUUCAACAGAGCCCCACGAGGAUGGGCUCACAACUACUCCCCAGAAUCGACAGAACUGUGAUUGGCCCACUUUAAACUUCUGGUGACAUCACAGGCUGAAAGACUGAAGCAUUCAUUUGCUCUUGCUACUCACCUCAUGCCUCUAAAUACUGAUAGACAUGGUAAUGUAUUUAACGGUUUAGACAAUGUUAUGAUGUGUGGAUAGAGGUAACUUCCCCCCUCAAGCAAUCCAUCUGUGGAGUCCCAUAGAGAAUAUUUUACAAUACAAUGGUUUACUGAUGAAAGCUCUGUGGCCAACUAAGGACUUCUGAAUAAUUCAACAGUUUCUUGUAGAAGCUGAGCCCUGGGGUGUAUUCAUACCACCAACAAACGUUUUCAGUUACAAAAAGGUACAUAUAGGACACAUACAGGUAGGUCAAUUUCCCCAAAAUAAUUCUCAGAAUGAAUACCUCCCAGGCCAAUGAAGGCCAACUAAGGACAGAUGUAUUGCUUUUCCUCCUCUUUGGAUCCCUCCAUCACACUUCCCUCCCCAUUUCUGGCUGCACCACUAUUCAUAAAGGAUUGGUGUGAUACUGAUUGUAAAUGUACUUUAAAUGUAAAUGCAUCUUGUUUUAAUGGCAUAAUUGGACAGAAUUCACAAAACAUUACAAUAAACUGAGUUAUUUUGUGGAAAAUGAAAA